ACCAGUGCUAAAGUCGAUAGAAAAUUCAGAGAUCCCCCGUGGUUCGCCUACACGUCAAGCUCCAAGUCGGCGCCUCCCUCCCUCACCUUCCGCGCCCCCCUUUCUCCCCUUUCUCCCCUUCCCACGGCUUCUCCUCCCCCUCUUCAGUCUUCACCCCUGCCCACCCUCGCAGAUCUCGCCAUUCCCUGCCACGCCGCCGCCCGCCCGCCCGCGCGCCCCGUUCCGGCGGAAAGCCUCCACCUCUCCCGCAGCCUCCCCGGAGAGCUGGAGGGGCCUGCGCCAAUCCGACGGACGGCACGGCUCCUCCCUCCUCCCCUGCUGCCCCGGCCGGCCGCGAUACGGGCUGUCGAUCCUCGGGUUCGUUCGAAGACGCAGGCGCCUGUGCGACCGAGUGCGCGCGCGGAGGGUCAGGGCCGGCGCCGAGAUGAAGGGCGUGUCGGCGAUCCCCGCCGUGGCGAUCAUCCCUUCGCCGCUCUUCCUCUGGCGGGUCAAGGUUAUAUUGUUUCUCCUAUGGGGUUUGUGCUGUUGCAAGAUAGGGUGGGACUCGGUUAUGAGAAUGAGUGUUGAUCUGCGAGACUUAUUUUUAUACGAGGCUUUCUUAUACUAUAAUCCUCUCCUUCUAGUGGCACUGAUGAUUUGGUUAUGGGGAGUAAAUUUGUGGGUUUUCGCACAAUCAUCAGUAAAUUAUGCGAAGGUGUUUGAUCUUUCACAGACACAUUUAUCACACCGAGAAAUAUGGAGGUGUGCUACUUGGCUGACUUUAGUUGUUCCAACAAGUAUGACAGCUUACCUAUAUCUGUAUUCACAUGGUGAAGUGUCUCUUGCUGCAUCUCAACCAGUCCUUUUGUAUGCUAUCCUUCUGAUGAUCCUCCUUUCUCCUUUUGAUAUGUUUUAUUUAUCAUCACGCUUUUUCUUUCUGAGGACCAUGUGGCGUAUAGCACUUCCAUUACAAGCAAUUACAUUCCCUGACUUCUUUAUGGCGGAUAUUUUUACAUCCAUGUCAAAGGUGUUUUCAGAUUUGGAACGUUCAGGUUGUCGCAUGGUCCAUCGUCAGGUCGCGACAAUUGCUUGGUUUGAAGCAGAUUCAAUUUGUGGUAGCCACUCUGUAGCUAUUCCUCUAGUUCUGGUACUCCCUUAUUUGUGUCGUUUCUUCCAGUGUCUUCGACAGUACAAGGAUACAAAGGAGAAAACUUGUCUUCUCAAUGCACUCAAGUACUCGACAGCAGUCCCUGUGAUCUUUUUAUCAGCUCUCAAGUAUCAUGUAUUUCCCGACGUAUGGAUUAGCUUUUACCGCCCUCUGUGGCUUAUUUCCAGUGUUGUGAAUUCACUGUAUUCCUUCUACUGGGAUAUAAAGCGUGAUUGGGAUUUGAGCAUUUUAACCAGGAUUUUCAUGUUCAAAAACCCAAGUGCAUGGAGCAAUCUUCUUUACGGGCGUAGCUGGGUAUUUUAUUGGGUGUUAGGUAGCAAUCUCAUUCUCCGGUGUACAUGGACAUACAAGCUUUCGGCGCAUCUUCGGCACAACUACCUGACAGUGUUUGCGAUAACAGCUCUGGAAAUGGUGAGGCGGUUCCAGUGGGUCUUUUUCCGCGUCGAGAAUGAGUGGAACAAGAUGACAGCCAAGCAAAAUUUUGAAUUGUCAUCUGAUAUGCCGCCUUCAGAAUCAGAUAGGCUACUGGAUUCUAACAGCCAUAAAGUCUAACCCUACACUCAAAACAAUCUUAUAGCAUGGUCCGUAUGAGGUUCUCUCUCGUAAUAUCUCUAGAGCUCGGAAGGCCAAUUGUACAAGAUAGAUUUCCACACGAAAUGAAGUUGUUGGCACAUGUGCCAUAUGUAACACUCUUGAAUCCAGACAAAUGAUAGUGAUACCAAAAAAUUUUAUGAUUUGGCACCUUUACAAAGAUAAUCUGCUUAGCUGAUCUGCAUAUCAACAAUCUGAGUUUGAUGCUUUA